GUUGAGUUACACGUCAGUAGGGAACCGGUACUGGUGAGUGGACGUGUACGUCAGGCGGUUCCCGGAUGCACCAAACAGAAACAUGGAACGGGUAGUGGUGGAAGUGCCGAUCAACAACGGCUUUCCCCUUGCGUGCCCUUCCACAACCCCACGAAAGCGGCAGGUGCGGUUUUCAGCGCGGCAUGACAUCAUCCUUCUGCGAGAGGUGAUUGCACAGAAUCCCUUUGCCUCCAAAGAGCCAGGGCGGAUUUGGGCACGUGUGGGAGAAAUUAUCACUGCUGCGCUCCAAGAGGAAAACUUUGAGGUGGAUGCCAGGAGGUGUAGGGAGAGGACCAUGCUGCUGCUAGACUACUACAAGAAACAAGACUUUCCCAGUCUCCGCAGGUUUGGAACAGAGAGAUUGUAUGCCCAAAAGGAGGAUCUGCUCCAUGAGGUUUUGGAGCUGGAAGCUGAGAAGGGGCUCCUAGUCAGCAAUGAGGGCACAAAGUACCAAGACGAUGAGCGGAGAAAUCGAGUCUCAGAAGAAUUAACUCUACCAGAACAGGACAAACCCAACAUCACAAUCCCACAAACAGCCACCACAGAACCAGAAGAAGAGCACGAGGCAAUGACGGAGCUGUCAGCAGCGCCCACAGCCAAGCGGCCCUGCCAGUGUUGCUGUCAGACCUACUCAGAGAUUCUCAGCUUCCUGGAGAAACGCUCAGAGGCAGAGCAGCGACUUCGAGAAGAGGAGCUUGCCUUGCGCCGAGAGGAGCUGGAGGUUCAGAGAAGUAAGAUCGCUCUGGAGAGAGAACGUCUGGGCGCUGAGAGAAAAGAGAGGGAGCGGAGAUUUGAGCUUGAGAGUCAAGAGAGGCAGGUCAUCUUGGACCUUUUAAAAGAGAAGGUGCUGAAAGGCUGACAAAGUGAAACUGUAUCACCUGCAUUUCAGUGCUCUCUUUUAGUAAGUUUGCAUGGGUUAGGAGUGCGGAGGGUGAAGUUAUCCUCUUAAAAGAGGAAGGGAAGCAGUGAAACUAGAAAUGAAAAGAUCAUGAGGGUCAGACACUGGUUAUCUAGACAAGUACACGGAGUUGCUUGAAAAAGCAUUCAGACAUCUCGAUUUUGUGCACUUUUUUUUGUAUUGUAGGUUGACUUAAAUUGAAUUGAUAAAAUUAGGUUUUCCCCAUCAAUCUGCACUCAGUAAUCAAUUUUUACAAGAGAAAUUUGAUAAAUCCAGCUGUACAUACUGUCCAUACAGUAAAGCAUGGUGCUGGUAGCAUCAUGUAUGUAGAAACCUUAAAUAUGGCAUUUCAGGCACUUCCACUUUACUCUGACAAAGCAUAGGCAGGGCCACCAAAAAUAUUGGCAUGAAAUUCACAUAUCCAGGUGUGCAAAGGCUCUGAAUGUUUUCUCAUAUAAGAAAUUUCAGAUUUUCUUUUUUUCAAAUCUCAAAAAACAUUUUAUCACUUUUACAGGAGAAUUUUUAAAUUAACGGGACAAAAAGACAGUUUCAUUAAUUAGAAAUUAACUAUAAAGCACAACAAAGUGUACAUAGUCAGAGGGUUUGGAGACUUAAAGCAGCUGCAGAACUGACAUACAAUUGACGACAGCAUCAGUAACAAUCAGCCUGGAUAAUAACUGAUUGUUAUUAAUGUUAACAGAUUACCUGUGUUUUAUGUCUAAUGGCACGGUCUCAAUGAGGUUUUUAUUUGUAGCACUGCAGUUGCUGAAAUUAAGUAAUGGAAUGGGUGUAGUGUGGAGUCUUGGGUGUGUUGACCCACUGAGCUAGAACUGGCAGACAGGAUCACUGUGUACCAAGAUGUUCUAUUAUAUAAAAUCAAUUAAUGCCUUUUCCAGCAUGACACCAACAUUGUGAGCCCUUUUUGACAGAGAGUACACAGUUGUUUGUAGUGCUAGGAUGAAAAAAGUAACCAAAAUAAGUAAAUAAGAAGGCCUGUAUGGUGGCUUAAACAUUUAUCAGCCCUGUAGCAUUUACCCAGUUAAUCACUUUACACAUGACUUAUUCAGACACUUUCUAUUUGAAGACAUUUUAAAUGAAAUAGAAAUAAAACUAUAUUUUACUGAGCGAAUUACUGUAUUUUGACUUGUAAGCACUUUUUUACUGUAAAAAUCCACACAAACACAAGCCAUGAAGUCUUUGUCCUUUAUCCUGAAAAAGAGACAAUUAGCAUAUUUUUAAAAAUAAAACUACAUUGUAAUAAAGUAUUAAUGCUGUGCAAUAGUGUGCAACUUUUUUGGAAGUAGUUUAAUUCAUCCAAAGUUUAAGUUGCUGAUCCCUUGUAGGGAACAGUCAUUGGUUAAAGUUACGAUAUGAGGUAGACACAAGAUUCAUGAUGCAACACUUUAAAAAAAAAAGUUUUCUGCUUAUG